GACACAGAUUUCCAGCAACUGCUGCCUCAAAGAGCAACAGCACUGCUUGUUCCACAGGCCAAGAGUCCGGGCAGUCUCCAGCAUCUGGGCAGUACAGAGUGGCCGUGGUUGAGGUGGUUCCCAGCGUUCCAAUCUGAUCCCUUCCAGGCGACCGCAGACUUGACACUUGAGUUUCAGACCUUUUGCUUGGCCCUGGACGGCCCCAACGUGAGUGUCAACGCACAGCUGGUGGUUCAAGGUGGUGAUCCAACUGCGGACUAUUUGCCUCAUGCACCACCCCUCGAGGAGCAGGCCAUGCGGGAUCACCCAACUCAAUUGCUUGGGUGGGACGAGGUGCAGCUCACAUUCCGUCAGAUGUACAAGGCUUGGAAGGCCUCACAAUGGCAGCCAAAUGGGAGAAUUUCGGGCUACCAGCUGAAGCAGAACAGUCCCCAGUCAGCUGAAGGCUCCAAAAGAUUCCCUUCGCAGGGCCCUAGCCCUAGCCUCACCCUCCUGAAGGACGGACGGGUCACCUUUAGGACGGACGGGUCACCUAGGAAGGCUUCAAAAACAUUCCCCUCGCAGGGCCCUAGCACCACCCUCCUGAAGGAAGGCUCCACAAGAUUCCCUUCGCAGGGCCCUAGCCCUAGCCUCACCCUCCUGAAGGAAGGCUGCAAAAGAUUCCCUUCGCAGGGCCCUAGCCCUAGCCUCACCUUCCUGAAGGGCCCCAGCCCUAACUUCACCCUCCUGAAGGUCAACGUGCCUUGUGUCAAACUGACUCGACCCCACGCCCUACGGGACCACCCACAGGAACCUGUGGAACAACUUCUCCCGCACCUGCCUCUUUGGCCCGGCGCCAUGAUGCGUUUGGCGGAUGGCCCGCUUCAGCACAAUGGCGACCAGGUGAUGACCGGCACCACCACGGCGUUUCCUUUGGUCACCGGCGCUGUGGUUCUCUGCUGGAUCGUGUCUUACACCUGCGUCUUUUUGCCUUCCCUAAGCCUGAACGAACAUCUGGCAACUUUGCUCCCCAUUGCCCUCGACAGCGGUAUCGGCGGUACAGGUCUUUAUCAGCGCAAACAUUUCGACUUCCUAGCGGUGAUAAAGCGGCAGUGCGCAGGUGAGCUCCUUCGAGCAGCUGCCGAUUUGCAGAGCGCGCUGGAUGAAGCCCUGCAUUGGCGGCAGAAUGCCGCGCUUGCUGUGGCUUGUGCGUGUGCCCUCAUCCUCCUGGCGUUGUUUGGGCCAUGGCAUGCCAAGCAAGCAAAGCGGGGGCGAAGCCCAACGAGGCGCCCGGCAAAGAGCCGAAAAAGGGCGCCCCGAAGACCGGAGGUGAAGCCCUUUUGUCAGCACCUGUGGAGAGGACAGGUGUUCCUCAGCCUGCGGUUCGUAGGGCAUGGCGCGGCCUUCCGUCAAGCGAAACUCUUGCGCAAGUACUUGAGGGGCUACAGGGUGGAGGCCCAGAUCGUGAAUACCUCGGCCGGAAAAUCCAUUGGGAGCAACUCGGCCAUGACAGGAGAGACGAAGAAGCAGCUGCAGGAAGCUGACUUCUUUGUGGUUCUGGGCACUUGCACAUAUGGCGAGAAGACCAAGUGCAAGGUCUCCACCCACUUUGAGGCAAAGUGGUGGCAGGAGAACCUGGUCUUUCAGCUGUGGGACAUACAACUACGAGUGAUUGAUGAACCUGGUGGAAAAGUUGUUUCCGUGAAUCAAAGGAGACAAGGCAAUGACAGGCUGCAGCUGAACUGGGAUCCAGACCAAUCUGAGGUGCCGUCGGAAGUUAAGAGCGGAAUUCUCCAACGUCUGCUCGACCAAGAUCACCACGCCACCUGCCCGCGCAAGGAAGGCUCCUAUUCCCUUCGCCCUAGCCUCACCCUCCUGAAGGAAGGCUCCAAGAGAUUCCCUUCGCAGGGCCCUAGCCCUAGCCUCACCCUCCUGAAGGAAGGCUCCAAGAGAUUCCCUUCGCAGGGCCCUAGCCCUAGCCUCACCCUCCUGAAGGACGGACAG